AAUAGAGGACUGUGGGAUUAACCCUGCAAAAAUCUGCACGAAGCAGCUGGCCUAGAAAGAUAAAUGAGUUCAGAGGAAGAGCAGGUGGGAACAAGAGUAUUUUAAGCCAAGGAGGAUUAGAUGGGAGAUCCUGUGAGGAGGAGGUGCUGUGGGGGAUAGGAAGGCAGCUGUGGGUGUGGGUGUGGGUGUGCGUGUGGGUGUGCGCACCCGUUAUGUCUGUGUGCUUCACUUGUUUUUGUUGGCAGGGUGGACCCCUAUGAAGUGGAAGAGUUUUGUGUAUGUGUAUUAGUGUUUGUGUGCCAUGGUUUCUGGAAGUUUCAUAUAGUUAAGAAAUUUAGAUCUUUGUAUGUAUACAUGUGGGGAUUGUAAUCAUUUUGUUGUUGUUAGACUGGGAUGGGUAAAUUAGUUUCUUCAUUUUGCAGGCGUUGCAGGUUAGCAUAUGGUGUCCGGGUUUUUUGUUUCUAGGAAGAGAAUUUCCUAGUGAGAAUUACUCCCUCUUUCCCUGCCCCCUCCCCUCUUUCCUUCCAGCCAGCCUGCUGGGGCCUGGCUGGGCAGUGGGGCAGGCAGCAGGUGGUGAGGGGAUAGGGCGGUGGAGGCCCUCAGUGCCCGCCCAUCAGCUUGCAACUCAGCCCGAGGCUGCAGUUUGCUAGGCUGUGCUACUAAAUUACCAGCGACGCCAUGGACAGGCUGGGCUCCCGGUGCCCUCUGCCAGGCUACCUGCGGCCCUCUGUCCUCAUAUGCCUCCUGAUCCUGACAGCUGCUUUCCUGUCAUACCCCAUGCUCAGGACCCUUAGCCUGCAGCUCCGUUCAGCUGUCACUGGCAGCUAUGUCUCCGGCACUUACUCCAUCGUCUUUGUCAACUGUCCCAAUGAGCAAAUUGCUAGAGAUAUCGCCAGGGCUAGCCUGGAUAAGAAGCUGGCUGCCUCUGUGAACAUCCUGCCCAAGGCAUCCUCACUGUACUUUUGGAAUGGAGAAAUCGAAGAAGCUGCUGAGAUCCUGUUGCUAAUAAAGACAAAGACUUCCAAGGUCCACGUGCUGUCCAGCUAUAUCAGGUGGGAAACAGGCUCAGGAGCAGUGGGCCACGGUGCCGGGGCAGGUGUCUGUGGCAGAUCGCAGAGCAGCUCCCCUGAGGCUUUCCAGUUGGGUCUAAUUGCAAAGGCUGAUUCCAGUCCUCAUCACUCACAGGCCUCUGCUUUUUUUCCAAAGAUUACCAAAGGAAUUGGAACUGCACUGAGGUCCAGCAAGGGGGUGGCGUGUUGCGUUAAGGAUGGUAAGAUCAAGAAUGCUCACCCCGUGUCUGGUACUUCUCUGCCUGCUCCUGGGUCUCAGGUGGAAGAGGGCGGAGAAGGCAGGGCCCGUUGGGGUCCAGAGGAUCCUUUUUUGAUAGCCAGUGCGGAUUUUGGAGCUGCCUCAGGAGAAGGACAGAGAAUGAUAGUGGUGAUGUCCAUUUUUACAACAGAUGUUUCUGAUACACGGGAAAAUCUUAAACCCUAG